AUGACUUCCACAACAUUGCGUGAAAUGUUAGUUAAACAAGAACCUCGAUCUGUUAGUUAUUGCUAUGUGUGCUCCGGACCUAGAGCUGAUUAUAUGCUGUUUUCUAAACCGUUUGGCGAUCGUCCCUUUUUCCCCUUCCUGGAGCACCACCAAGCGCCCGAAAGCGCAGAGACCAUGAAACCUGAUGGCAGAGUGUUUGCUUGUUUGGUUUGUUACACGCUGCUAACCCAGCAAUGGGAUUCGUACGAGAAAAGCAAAACGCCACAAAAUAAGAGGAUAUAUUGGUUGAAGAGACUGGAUGGAGGUCCAUUUGCGGGCAUGGACCUAAACUUGCAGCAGGAUUACGAAUCGCUGUUCGAGGCUUCGAAUGCUGCGGUGGAACAGGCAGAUGUUCGUCCCAAGCAAAAGAACAUCAGGGGUCAUAAUAUGCUGACUAUGGACGUGAAGCCGAAGUUAAACGACCACAUGGAGCAAGGGUUCCCUGGUGGGUUUGGGUUCGUGAAUCAAGGCGGCGAAACCGUGGCAACCAACAUUCUGGACUUGAGCAUGUCCACCAGGACUCCUUCUCGUUCUUCUUCUUCGGCAUCUCCCGGCAUGAACGCCGAAGCGUGCUAUCUUUGCGGACAAGAAUCGAAAAUCGUCAACAACGUCUUCGCCAAACCGAUCGCCAACUGUCCCUAUUUUCCCAGCAUCGCAGUGCACCCGAAGCCUCCGAAUGCCAAACCGAUGGAUGCCAAUGGCCGAGUCCUGGCCUGUGAGCAGUGCCAUAAAGUUCUGCUCCAGCAGUGGGACUGUUAUCAAAGACAGAAUGUUCCUCAUAGCGAACGCGUAUAUCAGUUGAGAGCUCCCGACAUUGUCGUCAAGAGCGAACCUAAGGACAAAACCUUCACAUGUUAUACAUGUGGAAUGAUAUCGCAGGUCUCUGUUCAGAGAUUCAUCUCUGCUUUCCCAGAGAAAGAAGGGGACCCAUAUUUUUCUUUUCUUCUGAACCACAUGCCACAUCCCGGUGCCAACAAACUGGUUGAUGGCAAAGCUGCCGUCUGUUCACUCUGUUACAAGACCCUUUUCCGCCAAUUGCGCGUCUACGAAGUUUCCGACACUCCCGAAGAGCGUCGUAAAUAUAAAAUUUUAAACGAUUCUGUGGUGGAGAAUUUUAGCGUCCUUCGACAGCACCUGAAGAGUGGCGGGCAGCCUAGAGAGCCCGACUCGAAACCCGUCUGUUAUGUUUGUGAAUCUCCGAACGAUGUGGUGUUUUUUGUCAAUUCCCUAGCGAACGGAGAGAUGUUUUUCCCAUUUCUUCGGAAUUUGCCGAAGCCGACCUCGGGUGCUCCGAUCGACGAUCAAGGCCGCAUAAAAAUCUGCGGCCAGUGCCAUAAGUCUCUCACGUACCAAUGGGACGCUUUCGAGCACGCCCUCAUUCCGAUCAAUCAGAGGCAAUACAAAAUCGCCAACUCCAAAGAUUUUUCGAUCGAAAGUUCUGGACAACCAUAUCCCCUCGAGACAUCUCGUGUGGGUGGCAUCGUUAGAGAAGAGGUCCAAGAUGUCAAGAGAGUUGCAAACGACAGUUGCAGUCUGUGUGAAAAGCCUCUAAGCUCUGACAAUGCAUGUUUCAUCGAAACCAUGCCAAAUGAAAAAAGCAUGUAUUUUCCCUCCAUCAGGCUACUUAUAAAACCUGGUUCUACCAGUGGCAUGGACCAGUUUGGUCGUAUCCUGGCAUGCAACCAGUGCCAGUCGAUACUGAAAAACCAAUGGGAAGUGUUCGAAUCCGCUCACGUGCCACAUACCCAGAGGCAAUACGAAAUUUUCCCACCUCAGCGAGAACACGUAUUGCAUUUCAACAACGACCCACACUUGGCGGGAGCCAGCUCGGCACUCCACAUUCAAGUCUCUUCUCCCGAUCUGAAGGUGGACUUGACGAAGCAUUCCUCCGGUAUCGAACCCUUGCUCACCACGGUCAACACUCUACCGUCAUCGACCAUGACCGUGACCAAUGCUCAGCUUUCCGGUCCAGGUCCCAGGAUAGCGGAAGUCAAGCCGAUCCCGGUCAAGCCUCAGAGCAAUCCGGACGAACCCAUGCCCAGGAUAUGUGGUCCUCUGGAUGUCCCGUUUGUUCGUCCCAUCCUCCUUGGGCCAAUCAACUGUUUCGUUUGCGGCGAGCAUAAUGCCAGUGGUCUCAUCUAUGCGAUAAAAUCCUUGCCGACAGUUCCCAUCGGCGUGGAUAAGCCACCGGAAGAUGUGCCAUUUUUUCCGUUUCUCUCCAAACAUCCGGCUCCGGAUGGCGCCGAGAAGAUAGCCAACGACGGCUCGGCUCUUGUGUGCGUGUUCUGUUACCACUCUCUGAUCUCACAGUGGCUGGCUUACGAAUCUUCUCCCUUUCCGGAGGAUGCCAACAGGUGGCAUCGGCGGUACAACACGCACAAUUACGUGUGCUACAUUUGCGGCAUCACCACUUACCGUAAGCGAGUGUGCACUAUAUCGGUGCGAGACUUUCCGUUCUUGUUGGAACACUCUAGGCCGCCGGGUGCUUUGACGGUUUUGAACGGCGAAUGUGUGGUCACCUGUCAGACCUGUUACGAAUCGAUAACUUCCCAGUGGAAGGAUUUCGAACGGAUGAAAGUGCCCGUAGAAAUGAGGAAGUAUAAUUGGAUUGUCAUGCCGCCUCCACCUGAUGAUGAGAAUAGCAGGGGAUGUCAGAUUUUGUCGGAGUCGGGGGGUUCGAAAACAUGCCGACUCCGACUGCGGAAGACUAAUUUCAACAUUUGUUUCUUUCCAGGCAUCCCUCAUGGCUUGAAGCCCCCACCUCCCCACCUGGGCAUGCCCCCCGCGCCCUACGGCUUAUCCAAGCCGGUGGUCCGCAAUGUGAUGUCUCCCGUCCACCAGGGCAACUCUCUGCCCAAUGCCGGCUUCUCUCCUUUCGGAAACAACGUCAAUUCUGCCCUCAAUGCCACUAGGACGUCCAGCUUUGCUGCAGCCCUCAGGAAACUGGCCAAGCAGGCUGUGGAUCCCAGUACAGAAAAAGACCUGUCUCCGAUCUCCCCUGCAGCUUCACCAUCAUCCAGUCAACCGUCAUCCACUCACCCCAGGCAUCAUGGACCACCUGUUCCCAUGUACAUGAAUAGCCAUAGUUCCGCCCCGCCUCAUCAUGGUUCCUCUCCCCCCAUUGGCUCAGUGCCGCCGUUACAGAGCUCUCAGGGAAAGGCUUUGGAUUUGGGCCGAUAUUCCAGCAGCGGAAGAAAUGGAAAUGGUCCCGAAUCUUCCGUAGUCAAGAUGGAAAAUUCAAAGUACAUCAGCAGUUCUACUGACAAAAGAAUGGAAUCUGGAUCUGGGAACAAAUAUCUAUCCAGUGGUAUUCCUAUGAAUGCUCACCACGAACAUCCUUCAUCCCGCGGUUUCCAACCCUAUAGGAAUUCGGAAGAACGUCGUCCAACACCACCACAGAUGUACAACCCUUCACCGCCGCCCACCACCAUGAGUGGAUAUGCGUACCAUCCUUCGCAUCCCCUAUCUUCGCAGAUGCCCCCUCAGCCGUACAGGUUAGAAGAAUCCGUGUACAUGGAGCGCUAUGGCUUAUUGCGCCCUUCGGUAAUGCCUUACCCCCCCAGCUCUAACAUGCUUUCCCAUCCUCGGGCACCUCUUUACCCAGCAAGUCACUAUCCUCCGGAAUUACUGCCUCAAUCAAUGCGCUCCCUGCCGCCUUCUAACAGCGCCACCUAUCCUCCUUCCAGAUAUGCCCAGGAGGAAGAAAACUCUAGUGAUAGCAGAGAGAUGUUGAGGAAACGGGAAAUGGAGAUGUACAGGGAACGAGAGAGGUACGAGGAAGAGCGUGAAAAUGCCAACAGGGAACUGGAGUACCUCAGGAAGGAGAGGGCCCACAUGAGGCAAAGCCCCAUCUCCAUACCCCACAGCACCACUAGGAGUGAAAUGCAAAUGGAAGAAAAAGGACACAUGGGAUCAAUAACCCACGGCACACCUCGCGAUUACAUCAGAAGACCCUCUCCGCCUACUUCUUCAGUUCCUUUGAAUCUGGCAACAAAUGUGAAUAGCGUAGAGCAUGAAAUGAAGGCGAAGGAAGAAUACAACUCCAGGCAUCAGAGGCAUCACAACAACAGUGUCGCAAACGGCCAGCUGCAUCAUAGAAGCAAAAACCACCAUGUUUACAGAAAAGAAAGUGAUGCUCCUCCGUAUAAAAUACAAUACCAUUUAAAUUCGGUGAGUUACCAUCAAAAGCAGCCUUCGAAUCCGGAAAGCUCGGAGAACAAGACAUCUGUGCCUUCAAAAAUUUUCCCGUACUACGUCGAGCAAGACUACCAAAAAUCCGACGUGAUCGAAACCCGCACCUUGAGCAUGGCGUCUGUGAUCAAUUCCCAAAUCAACGGAAUAUUCGCCCGCGAAAAGUUUCCCUCCAACAACAGCUACGACUAUUUCAACUUCCCCCCCAGCUCCGAAACUCAGAGUAAACCCAAAGCGGAAUCCAAAGCCAAUCUGCCUUCCCGCGAGAGUUUUGUGAUACAGACGAAGUCGUCGAACGACGAUAAAUACGAGAACCUGGACUCUGGCAGUAAUAAGAUUCACUUCGUCAAAAGCGAACAGGCGGUGUCUCAUAACGAGUCUACCAAGUUUGCGCCGAUUUAUAAGCCAAGGGAAGCGUCUUUGACCCGCGCCCUUUUGCAGAAUCAUGUGGUACCACCGAGUUAUCGAAACGAAAGCAGUGCCCUUGAGGAAGUGGGUCCGAAGGUCGUCAGCACUCUGGACUUGAGGGAGGUCAGGAUGAGGAAGAGAAGACAGGCGCCGGAUUUCGUGGAAAGCGAGGAAUCCGAGCCGGAUUCAGACGAAGAAGAUGCUUUGCGGUAUAAGAGGUUGUUGACCAUCACCAAGGGGCCCCCUGUGAAGAUUGCUAUGGAUCCAAAGAAAACUAAAUUUCUUGCAUACUUUGGUCUAACUACUCAUACAAGAAAGCAGAUUAUAGAAAUCAAGAAAUGGGUUCGGAGGCACCAAAUCUUGAGGGAGAAGAGUUGUAGUCCGGUCUUUGAAAAACCAAAGGAACCAGUCAUCGAGUACGACGAGAAACACUUGGCCGAACUGUCGAAGAGACUCUGCUUCGCCGAAGACUUUGGAGCCAAAACUGAAUUUUUCAAGAUGUUUGGGUUGAUGUUUGUGCCACCAGAACAAAAAGAGGAAAAAGAAAAAAUUCAAAAAGUUGUUGAAACAGAAAAGUUACGGCGGCAUGGCUAUCUUCCUCCGAGUGAUCUGUGUAUUGAAUUGCAAGGACAUCACUUGAAAAAGCGAGGCUAUAAUAACUUGAACGUUUCAAAACUGACCAAUGCCAAGAGACCAAACUUGGGUCCAUGUGAUAACGAUUCGGCGAGGCAGAAUGGUCCUUCAGAGAAGUCGUCCAAACUGCAAACCUCAUCGGCCCCAAAGUUGUCUGCAUUUCUCAAACCUCCGUCGAGGACUCCUGUGACUUUACCAGUUCCACCCCUCAUUCCUUCCAAUCAAGUAGUCACCAUCACCGAACCCCCCAAGGACUCCAUUAAAAAUGUCAUCACCUCUAAGGAUCCACGAGUUCGUCAAAUCAACAUGGACUUUGUUCAGGAGUUUCAUAAAUCAGUAUUGCAGACAACACAAAUGCAAUUAGCUGAGAAGAAGAAUCUCCCGAGCAAUGUUCACAUGGAACCUUCCAUCAAAUUAUCUCCCGUUUCGAGUCCAGAGAAAGAUGAUUGGUCCCCAGAAGAGCCCAGGUCCAAUUUCCAUUGGCCCGGUAUAGAAGCAAUAAUGGAGUCCUAUGAGUGCCAUAUUUCUGAGCAAACUGCAGAAAAGAAAUUCCUUAUUGACAGCUGCCAAAAUUUAAAAGCCUUAAUUCAAGAAUCAAACAUUCAAAUCGAGUGCCUUGAACGAAAAACUAAGGAAAAGUUGCAAGAAAAGCAACAGUUGGAUUUUGAAACACAAAAACUGCAAAAGAGCCUUGAAACUUUAAAAUCUUUCAUUCAGCGAUUUAGGUAACAUUAAUAACAAUAAAAUGCUGCAUUGAAAAGAAAGAUUUCAAGCCCAUUUUCUGAUUUAUGUGGAUUUUAC